AUGGAGCGUUUCAUUUUACGUUGUCGACACAGUGGCCAUUUUGUGAGGGACAUCUGGGUUCAGUUUGCAGUGUCUACGACAGUGGUUGCAUUUCUGGAUACUCACAGUCAGAUUCGGGUUUUGCGAUCUUGCAUUGUCGUUUACGUGGACAGAUCUGAAGUUGCACUAGGAUCCACUUCAGUUCGACUUCACUGCAUUGACCAGGCUUGGACAGUGGCUACGCCGCCUCUUCAGGACGAAGAUGACAAAGAUCUUUUCCAGGAAGAAGAGGCCGUUGAGGCCGUUGCUGGGAAAUGGCAACCUCCUGAGCCUGAUUCCACGGAAGAGGUCUCUUAUGUGAGGUUUCUGGAGAUCGGACUUACAGAUGCUAACUAUGAUGCCUUUAAUGCAGAAGGCCUGAACACUUUGGAAACGGUGCGUUCUCAUGCAACUGUGCUCCAGGGGCUGCUGAUGAGAGGUGAGUCGUACGGCACUGCGAAUGACAUGCAGGUACGCUACUGCCUCAUCCGGAGAGUUUUGGCGGCUGACCAGUUUCUGAACCGAUUCUCUGUGCCUGCAGCGUCUCCUGGACCUUCCAAGCCGAAGCCUUCAGAAGAGCCUGCGACCAAGGUGAUGCAGAAGUUUGGUGAGGGUACUGCACCUCACGAGCAUCCCCCUUGUGGCGGUCGAGCCACUCCUCGGCUCAUUCUUGACUAUGAGCGUGUUGUCAGUUUGCUGCUGCGUGAAAUCCCGAGGUUGAACACACCUGUCGGAUUGGCAGCGAGCAUUGGUGAGACAACUGAAGACAAUGGUUCAGGAGCACACAUGCCGGAUCAGUUGCUCAGGGUGAGAGCUGUCCUGGGAGCAAAGCGCCUCCUUCUCAUGAAGAAAGUUGCAGAGAAAUUGGAUGGCCUGGUACUGAGCUGUGCAAUGAGCUCGCAAGAGGUGUCGGGCUCGUUGGCAAUGCUGUCCCAGAGAGCAAUACAAGUUGACAUUGGACCCCAGCGUGAGAGCAGUCCUGGGAGCAAAAAAUUGGAUGGCCCGACACUGAGUUGUUCAGCGAGCUUGCAACUGGUUUCGGACUGGUUGGCCGCGACACUUAGCGAAGAACAACUCGUGGGUGAUGCAAAGUUCCUUAAGCCUGCUUUGCUUGGGAAGAUUCGUGCUGGUGUAGGUGGCGAGCAUUCAAGUGCGCUUUACGACAUCACUGUCGCCGAGGCAAAAGAGAAGUCUUGGCUUAAGGGCCCGUACAGUCCUGCCGAAAUGGAUCAGCGCUACAACGGGCGGUGGUUGCCGGUCAGGAGGUUCCCUGUGGUCCAGAAGGAUAAGCUUCGGCCAAUUGAUGAUUUGCGUGAGAAUAGAGUCAAUGACACCUUUUCAAGCACGGAGAGGGCGACCUUGGAUGCUUUGGAUCACUUGGUGUGGGCGUCUAUUUUCUUGAUGCUUUUAUGUUGGAAGUCGAAGGGACCACUAUGA